CUCACGUCCCCGGCGCGGCAGCGGCUGGCUCAGCUCUGGUUGUGUUUGAAGCAGAGAGGAGUUUCUGUAACUAUGGCGAGAUCCGGACAGGAGCAGGAAGCCGAAAGCACAGCUGCAUUCAAGGUGCUAAAGCGGGCGAUGGAACUGGACUCGGAGUCCCGGUACCAGCAGGCUCUGGUGUGUUACCAGGAGGGGAUUGACCUGCUCAUGCAGGUCCUGAGAGGCACCAAAGAUGUUACAAAGAAAUAUAAUCUCAGAAAACAAAUUUCUAGCUACAUGGAUAGAGCAGAAAUAGUGAAGAAAUACACGGAUCAAGAAAAAGAAGAUGGAAAAUAUCAUCGGCAGAUUAAAAUAGAAGAGAAUGCAACAGGUUUCAGUUACGAGUCACUUUUUCAAGAAUAUCUUAAUGAAACAGUCACAGAAGUUUGGAUACAAGAUCCUUAUAUUAGACAGAUUCAUCAGCUGUAUAACUUUCUUCGAUUUUGUGAGAUGCUUAUUAAGAGACCAUGUAAAGUAAAAACCAUUCAUCUUCUCACCUCUCUGGAUGAAGGUAGUGGGAAAGAGCAGCAAAGUAGUGGCCUGCAAGAAAUAAAAGAGUCACUCAAGAAUCAUGGAGUGCUGUUGGAAUUAGAAUAUUCUUCUUCAGUACAUGACCGAGAAAUUAGGUUUAACAAUGGAUGGAUGAUUAAGAUUGGAAGGGGACUUGAUUAUUUUAAGAAACCACAGAGUCGUUUUUCCCUUGGAUAUUGUGAUUUUGAUUUAAGACCAUGUCAUGAAACAACGGUGGACAUUUUUCAUAACAAGCACACAAAAAAAAUAUGAUGGGCAGUAACUUAAUUUGCAUUAUAUAUUUAUAUUUUAA